GGACACCGGCCGGGCCGCCGCCGCCGCCGCCCCCCGUGCGCAACGGGCACCGUGACUCCAUCUCCACCGUCAGAGCGUUCCUGGAUGACUUUGAAUCCAAAUACUCCUUUCAUCCCGUUGAAGACUUCCCAGCCCCAGAAGAGUAUAAGUACUUCCAGAGAAUCUACCCCAGCAAAACAAACAGAGCCCACCGCCAUGGCCAGCAGCAGCCCACAGCGCCAGCCCACCAUCGACUUCCCCCGCAGGAGAAGCUCCCGGCGCCUCGCUGCUCUACCGGCCAAGGGCGGCCCUGUCUCCCCCGGCCCUGAUCCCACCGCGCUGCGGCACUCGGCCUGCCCCGGGGCCUCCGGCCGGGCGGCUCCCGGCACAUGCUCAGCACCGCCCCAAGUGCUGCCCCUGAGCCCCCGCAAGCGCCUGGGUGACGACAACCUCUGCAACGUCCCCCAUGCCCAGCCCUGCUCUCCACCAAAGCGCAGCAAAGAGAACCAGGGGCGUCGCUUGCUCUUUGGGGACCCUCCAUCCCCCACAAAGAAGCCCAGCAGCCCGGAGCUGUCCCUGCAGCGUGGGGGACAGGAGACCCCUCAGCGCUCAAGGCUCGGUGGGCAGCCUGCCCGCACCCGGCUCUUCCGGCAGGAAGGUACCUGCUAUCAGCAAGCGAAGCAGGUGCUGCAUGUGGCUGUGCCUGACCGUCUGCACGGCAGGGAGAGGGAGAUGGGCACCAUCCGGCAGUUCCUGCGGGACCACGUCUGCAGGCGCCAGCCCGGCAGCCUCUACAUCUCUGGAGCCCCUGGGACAGGGAAAACUGCCUGUCUGAGCCGUGUCCUGCUCGACUGCAAGGAUGAGCUCACCAAGAGCAAAACCAUCGUCCUGAACUGCAUGUCGCUGAGCAGCCCUCAGGGUGUCUUCCCUGCCGUGGCACAGCAGCUGGGCCUGCCCGUGGCCACCGGCCGGGAGGUUCCGCGGCGGCUGGAGAAGCAUCUGACAGCCCAGGGGCCCAUGGUCCUGCUGGUGCUGGACGAGCUGGACCAGCUGGAGAGCAAAGGGCAGGACGUGCUCUACACCCUCUUCGAUUGGCCCCGGCUGCCCAGCUCCAGGCUCGUCCUUGUGGGGUUGGCCAACGCCUUGGACCUGACGGACCGUGGCCUGGCCCGGCUCGGUGCCCGCCCGGCCGGCAGCCCCCGCCUGCUGCACUUCCCACCCUACACCCGGGAGCAGCUCAGCACCAUCCUGCAGGAGCGGCUGGGGCAGGUGGCUGGGGACCCCGUCCUGGAUGCCGCCGCGCUCCAGUUCUGCGCCCGCAAGGUCUCGGCGGUCUCCGGCGACGCUCGCAAGGCCCUGGAUGUCUGCAGGCGUGCUGUGGAGGUGGUGGAGCUGGAGGUGCGCAGCCAGACCCUGCUCAAGCCGCUGCCCGGUGGCGACUCCCCGGCGUCCCCCGUCCCCAAGCGCGUGGGGCUGCUGCACAUCUCCCGUGUCAUCUCGGAGGUGUUUGGGGAGCGUCUGGCAACGGGGGGCCAGGGGGGCCGGGACGCCUUCCCCCUGCAGCAGAAGGUGCUGCUCUGCUCCCUGCUCCUGCUGGUCCGGCGCCUGCGUGCCCGGGAGGUGAUGCUGGGGAAGCUCCACGAUGCCUACAGCCAGGUCUGCCGGCGGCAGCAGAUCCCCGCCGUUGACCAGGCCGAGUGUCUGUCCCUCAUCACCCUCCUCGAGUCCCGUGGGGUGCUCGAGCUGAAGAAAGCCAAGGAGGCCCGGCUGGCCAAGGUCUCCUUGAAGAUGGAGGAGGCGGCUCUGGAGCACGCGCUGCAGGACGCGGUGCUGGUGGGCAACAUCCUGGCCCAGGGGCUGAAUUAACACCCUUUCCCCCAAGCAGCCCUCUCCCCAUGGUCACUCAAGUGUGAGCUGGGCUGUUGGUGCCCUGGGUGUGAUUUCGGUGCGUGCACGGCGUGGCUUGGGCCGUGGCAGGAGCGGGGAUCUGGCUCCCAAGGGCUUUGGGUGUUGUUUGAUCUGCUCUGCCUACGAGACUCUUGGUCUGAAUUGGUUUUAUUAGUAAUAUUAUUGUUAUUUUUACCAAUAUUGUGUGUCUGGAGCUGUGGUGGGAUGCUGGCAGCCACCCCAGCCCCUUUGCACCAGUGGCUGUGCGUGGAGGGUGCUCUGGGUGCUGCUCCCGCCGCUGCAGGUGGCACCCCCAGGGCUCAGCCGUGGCUCUGUUUUGCUUCUUGGAGCCUUUUGAGGCCCCACCAUGCCCCCUGGUUGCAGGAAGGACAGUCCUGGUGGUGGCAGUGGCAGAGAGAGUACGCUAUGCCCUCGUCUCCCAGCUGUGCCCAGCCAGAGCAGUGGGGCCCCUGCUAUCUCCUGGCAUUAAUAAAAUCGUU